CCAUAUAUCCAUCCAUCCAUCCUGGUGCAAAACCCUAAAACCAUUUGUUAAGGACAGCGCCUCUCCUUCCUCCCAGUGGCGUUCUUGAUUGUUGAAGAAGAUCUGCAGAAGGAGCAGAACUGGUAAAGGAGGAAGAAGAAGAAGAAUAAGAGAGGGAUCUCUUUAUCUGUGGAAACGAAGCAUCAACAGAAGUAUUCCAAAUGAAUCGAAACACAAAAUAUAGUUCUGACUCCGAAAUACUAAUAUGGGAUUGAAGCAUUGCCAUUCACAGCCUAACUGGGACAGAUUUCUUUCCAGUUUUCUGCCUGGUUCUGGUUCCAAAAAGUGGUCUUAGGGCAUUGUUUGAAUAUGGCCAGCAAAGAGAAGAAAACUCCUAACUCCGGUGCAAAAAGUGGAGGGAAGAAGAAAGAGGUUAAAAAAGAGACCGGUCUUGGUCUCUCUUACAAGAAGGAUGAGAAUUUUGGGGAGUGGUAUUCUGAGGUGGUCGUUAGUAGUGAAUUAAUUGAAUACUAUGACAUUAGUGGUUGUUACAUUCUAAGGCCGUGGACGAUUGCAAUUUGGGAAGCCAUGCAUGACUUCUUUGAUGCAGAAAUAAAGAAGAUGAAAAUUAAGAAUUGCUACUUCCCAUUAUUUGUAUCUCCUGGUGUUUUACAAAGGGAGAAGGAUCACAUUGAAGGUUUUGCUCCCGAGGUUGCUUGGGUCACAAAAUCUGGGAGUUCUGACUUGGAAAUACCUAUAGCCAUUCGUCCCACAAGUGAGACUGUCAUGUAUCCUUACUAUUCCAAAUGGAUCAGAGGACACCGGGACCUGCCUUUGAAGCUUAAUCAAUGGUGCAAUGUUGUACGUUGGGAGUUCAGCCAUCCUACUCCAUUUAUUCGGAGUCGUGAGUUUCUUUGGCAAGAAGGGCAUACAGCUUUUGCUACAAAGGAAGAGGCAGAUACAGAGGUUCUUGAAAUUUUAGAACUUUAUAGAAGGAUAUAUGAAGAAUAUCUUGCAAUUCCUGUUAUCAAGGGGAAGAAGAGUGAGCUGGAAAAGUUUGCUGGAGGGCUUUACACAACUAGUGUUGAGGCAUUUAUUCCAAACACUGGUCGUGGUAUACAAGGAGCUACCUCUCAUUGUUUGGGUCAAAAUUUUGCAAAAAUGUUUGAAAUAAACUUCGAAAAUGAGAAGGGAGAAAGAGCUAUGGCCUGGCAGAAUUCCUGGGCAUAUAGUACCCGAACGAUUGGGGUAAUGGUGAUGGUUCAUGGGGAUGAUAAAGGCUUGGUAUUGCCUCCUAUGGUAGCAUCUGCACAAAUUGUUGUGAUCCCUGUGCCAUACAAAGAUGCUGAUACAAAAGCUAUCUUUGAUGCCUGCUCAGCAACAGUCAAAAUGUUGAGUGAAGCUGGUUUUCGUGUUGAAGAAGACUUUAGAGACAACUACUCACCAGGUUGGAAGUACUCGCACUGGGAAAUGAAAGGUGUUCCUUUGAGAAUUGAAAUCGGGCCCAAAGAUGUUGCUAAUAGCCAGGUUCGUGCUGUUCGCCGUGACAAUUCGGCAAAAAUUGAUAUACCUAUGUCCAAUUUGGUUGAGCAAGUAAAAGAAAUUUUGGCUAAUAUUCAGCAAAGCCUGUUUGAUGCUGCAAAACAAAAGCGGGAUGAGUACAUUAAGGUGGUGCAUACAUGGGAUGAAUUCAUUGAAGCACUAAAUCAAAAGAAGAUGAUCUUAGCUCCUUGGUGUGAUGAGGAGGAAGUUGAGAAAGAUGUGAAAGCAAGGACGAAAGGCGAAAUGGGAGCAGCGAAGACCCUUUGUUCCCCAUUUGACCAACCGGAACUCCCCCCAGGGACACUUUGCUUUGCCUCAGGAAAGCCUGCAAAGAAGUGGACCUACUGGGGUAGGAGCUAUUAAUUCUUGUGACUAUUUUGGGUAGGCAAAUGCAGGAGUUUGUAUUGGUUUUCAACAUUUAAUGUGUGGGAUUAUUAGUUUCUCACUAGUAACAGCUUCUCAAAGCGUUUUUGUUCUGUUCGUUUUAUUGAUAGUCGUAACUGCAGAACACAAUUCAAUUAAUCCUUUCAUAAAUUAUAUUUUCUUAUUUAUCUUC